UACCUCAAAUUGCCCUGAUUUCUACUCCUCCACUAAUGUACUAAUCGGAUUACACCAGCGGCAGAAUUUGGAAACGACACGGAUCACGAUGCCAAUGCUUUUGGUUUUCUUGCAUCGCGCAAUGUUGGAAGCUAACUUCUCCACGCAAUGAAUUCUGCCAACCAAACGAGGACUUUGACGAAUACGGAAAAUUAUCUUUUCGCAGUUAGUACUUACAAACUUCUCGCAUUUACCAUUGGGACUAUUUGCGCACUGGGCGUUUGCAACAAUGUUCUUGUUAUUGUCCUUUACUACAAAUUCAAGAGACUCAGGACACCCACGAAUUUGUUACUGGUCAACAUCAGUAUUAGUGAUCUGCUGAUGUGCGUCAUUGGGAUUAACUUUACAUUUAUUUCGUGCAUCAAACGAAGAUGGAUAUGGAAUUCAGCGACGUGUGUUUGGGACGGUUUCAGCAACAGUCUAUUCGGCAUCGUGUCCAUCAUGACACUCGCGGCUCUGGCUUACGAGCGCUACAUUCGGGUGGUGCACGCCAAGGUCGUUGACUUCCCCUGGGCCUGGCGGGCCAUCACACACAUCUGGCUGUACUCCAUCGCCUGGACAGGGGCGCCGCUGCUGGGAUGGAACCGCUACACGCUGGAGAUCCACCAGCUCGGCUGCUCCCUGGAUUGGGCUUCAAAGGACCCAAACGACGCCUCCUUCAUCCUCUUGUUCCUGCUUGGGUGCUUCUUUGUUCCGGUGGGAAUCAUGGCGUACUGUUAUGGUAACAUCUUGUACACCGUGCGCAUGCUGCGCUCCAUUCAGGACCUGCAGACAGUGCAGAUCAUCAAGAUCCUGCGCUACGAGAAGAAGGUGGCCGUUAUGUUCCUGCUCAUGAUCUCCUGCUUCCUGGUGUGCUGGACGCCGUACGCCGUGGUCUCCAUGAUGGAGGCCUUCGGCAAGAAGAGCGUGGUCUCGCCCACCCUCGCCAUCAUCCCGUCCUUCUUCGCCAAGUCCAGCACAGCGUACAACCCAGUCAUAUACAUCUUCAUGAGUAGAAAGUUCCGCCGGUGCUUGUGCCAGCUGCUUUGCUCUCGCCUGGUCCGGCUCCAGCACAGCAUCAAGGAGCGCCCUCUGGCCAGCGAGGAGCGGCCCAUCCGCCCCAUCGUCAUCUCCCACGGCCGCCCGGACCGGCCCAAAAAGCGGGUGACCUUCAGCUCGUCCUCCAUCGUCUUCAUCAUCGCCAGUAACGACGCGCAGCCGUUCGACGUCCAGUCCAAGUGCGACAGCACCACGGAGGUCAACGUCAUCCAGGUGCGUCCGCUGUGACCUGGCCACGGCGGCAAGGCGUGGAAACGUUUCACCCGAGACAAGCACAACAAAAAAAACCCACUCAGCACAGAGAUGCUCCUCCACUCACGGAGACAGCACAGUAACAUGGACCUCCCCCGUACUCAGCUGGAAACAGCAUGUUAUACAGUAGGCCAUGUUCAUAUUCAGGUAUUUAUGACAUAUCAUUCUACUAAACAUGUAGCACCGCUAAAACCUUUUUUACUCUGAAGGGCCACCUUUGUUGUGUGUACAGUAUAAAUAUCAAAUGUUACACCGAGUUCCUCAUCCCUACUCUCUGGCACCCGAGGGGAUUACUGUGUUUGUUAUGUGAAAUCAUAUUACAUGAGGGAAAGGCUAUUAAUGGGAUACUGAAUCACGGAUUGACUAUUGAGAUUAUAUAUUGAGUGGAUUAUUUUAUGCAGUACUUUUGUGGCGAGGGAAUAAACAUAUUCUAUAUGUUGUGAUGGAUCCAGUAUGGACAAAGUAUGACUGAGGGAGAUGAAUUUUGCACAUCCUCAUAAGGUUCUUCAGCACUCUUUAUUGUGUAUAGAUCUAAUAAAGAUAUCAUAUUUUUAAUCUU